AUGUCAAGUGGAAUGUACGAAACUACCGUCGGCUCGUUGUCAUUGCGUAAAUUGAAUUAUUCAUAUUCAAACGAUUCCUCGCCUUUCACCGAUACGUUGAUCUACCAAGGGAAUCAAGUCGGCUCGAAGAAACCAUCCAUGGAGGAGAAUGAGAGAAGUAGAAGAUCGAAUGACAGUCGAAACGGUAAUAGAGGUGGGAGAAGGGAGGACCUUGAGAGUGAAGAUGAGCUUAUGAGUGUUGAUGAGGAGAUGGAUGAGUUGUCAGACUCCCGAUCAUCCCACACUUCUUCUCGACCCGUCACUCCCUCUCAACAGCAUCCCAUAACUAUCCCUACAUCAUCACGCUUUAAUCAAAAAGCCCGAUCAGCCUCACCUUCAGGACACCACUCUCCCGAGGGUAUCUUCACCCUCGCUCAUAAAGCCGAAAGAAUACUGGGUCUGGUACCCGGUACGCUUGGUCACGCCAAAGCCUGCUUGGAGAAUGCUAAAGAUGAGAUCAGGCGAUUGGCCGAACUAGAUAAAUCAUCACCUGUUCAACCUUAUCUACCAUCCGAUCAAACACAGCAUGGACAAGGUGGAUUGAGAAAUCGAGCAAAGAAAGCUAUGUCAAUGUCAUUCACCACCAACCCUUCACAAGGUUAUGGUAGUAAUGGGAAAGUACCGAAUGUCGUGUUAGGUCUAGGGGUGAAUAACAAGGAGGAAGAGGAGAGGAGGGAAAAGAGGAGGAAAGCUGCUGAUGGGGUUAUCUACUGGCAGAGGGAGAUUGAAAGGUUGGAAAGGGAAGAGACGGAGAGGGCAAUGAGGUAG